UUCAGGACAUCCUCAAAGGUCAGCUUGAUGAAAAGUUUUGGGAAGUAAUGGCUGCUACCAAAUCCAGGAAGAGAAAAAAUAUUGUGGAUCCACCUGUUGUUCCAGAUACCAUUGAUGUUGGUACUUCUACUAAGCGAAAGAAGGACAAAGAGCAUGUUGAUGGUUGUCACGCAUCAGAUAUGGUAUGUAGCUAUCUGAAUGAAUAAGUAUCAAAACCUGUUAUUUUUGACAUGUGGCUGAACUGUUCUUUUGGUCUGUGAAUUGCUUAUAGGUUGUAGCUCACAACAUUGCUAUACUUGGGUUGGUUGAAUCGGUUAAGAACCUUAGUGCAAAAAUAGAUGGAAUAGAUGUUAAUGUAGCUGACAAGGUUAGCGAGAAACUGGAUGCAACCAUACAAGCUAAAGUGGAUGCUAAGGUCGGUUUAUAUGAGAAAGAGAUGAUGGAGAAGAUUACCAUGUUGGUGGAAGACAUAAAGAAUCUGAAAGAGAAGGCUUAUGUAAACAUUCAUACUGAUGUGGCUAACUCCAAUGAUCACAACUCCAUUGCGCAAGAAGAGGAUGAUGAUUCUAGCAAUGCCUUGUCAUGGAUGAUUGAGAAGAAGAUAAAUUCACAAGAUGGUUUACCAAUUCAGUGUGUUGUUAAGAAGGAGAAAAAAACAAGUAAGGCUAUGGAGACGAAGGUGUGUAAGACCAUUGAUGUGAAAAAGAAAGGAAAGAAAGAUGAAGUGCCACUGAAGAAAGUGAAGAAGGAAAAAGCAAUUGUCAUCCCAGAACUGAAUGACAUAUCCAUCUCUUCAAAAGACUCGCAGCAGCAUUUGCAGUGGGAAAAGAGUGAAAAGUGUAGAGAAGCGAUCGAAGCACUUACUUCAAUUUUGGAGGAGCCUACACGUAGAAGAAAACCACAGUUGACGAAGACUCAGCAAUGGCCGUUCGUAGGGAAUUCAACUGUCAAGCGUAUAAUCACUGGUGUCACUCCAUCUACUGUGUCUUAUGACCCAUUUGCUAAGGUCGAGUCACAGAAAUUGACGAAAGUUAUGGACUUCAUUAAGCGAGAUUUGGCCCAAGAGGAAUCUGGCUAUGGUGAGUUUAGAGCUAAGUUUUACUUAAAGAUAAUGGUGCCAAGAAAUGUCUGGCCAACUGAAAAUUACGGCUGGCUGUGUGAUUCAGUGAGUUUUUCUAAUCUGAUUAUGUGGCUUCACUAGAGAAAUGGCUUACAGAUUUUAAGUAGUUGUUUUUAUUUUUACAGCACCUUGCCGCAGCAAUGCUCUUGUUUCACAGAAGUUCCAUGCAAUCCUCAUCUCCAUAUGCCUCCCGUCGAAUUGCAUUUCUAGAUCGGUGGUUUGUGAAAUCAUGGGUUAAUGACUUUGAGAAACAGGACAAGAACUCAAUUGAGUUGUCAGAUAUGUACAUCGAGGCUUUCAACGGAGAAUACUCGGAGCAGUUUGUGACUGGUAAGAAGUGGUUUAAAGAUGUUGACAGCUUGUUCCUCUGCCACAAUAUUAAUGGAAACCACUGGGUUGCUCUACACAUUGAUUUACUUAAGUCAACAAUCUAUGUAUAUGAUUGUAUUCCGGAUGUGGUGAAGGCUCAUAAGGACCUGCAGGAAGAGUGCAGGCCAUUCACGAAAAUGAUUCUUUUGAUUCUUACACUACAAGAAAA